CGUUUCCAGGGUCGUACAGUUGGCGGCUGAAAAGCGCCAAAUCCAAAAUUUACUUCAGUAAUAACAACAAUGUGCCUGGUCCUUGGGAAGGAAAUAAUAGCCUCCCAGUACGAAUAGUUAACCUCUUCAUUAACGUUAGCGUGUCAGUUUGUUCCCCGAUAAAAGACUCGUUUAUUAACAACAUGGAGGAGCUGUUUUGCAAAGAGCUGCAGGUGAACGUGAGGUGCAGAGACUGCGAGGACAGGAAAGCAAAUAUCCGAGUCACCAUUGAGCUUCAGUUGACAAACGGUCCUGUGCACAAAAGGGAUCUUCUUGUACGACUAACAGAUGAUUUGGAUCCAUAUUUUCUUUUUAACCUCUCCAUAUCAGAAGAAGAUUUCCAAAGUUUGAAAGUCCAGCAGGGUCUACUGAUAGACUUUACGUCAUUUCCUCAGAAGUUUAUUGACCUGCUUAAUCUUUGCUAUUCUGAGCAAGCGUCCGAAAAUCCAAGGUUUCUUCUUCACUUGUCCGCUCAGUCCCCAGUGCUUGAAGGCCUUGCCUCCUUCAGUGUUGUGGAGACGAAUGCCUUCAAACACCUGAACCACCUGUCCCUGCGACUCGUUCAAGGCUCCGACAAAGAGAUCAAAGACUACCUGGCAGUGUGCCUCUCCUCUCUCAAGGCAGAGAAGCAGGCUGUGGAGAUGAAGCUGAAGAAGACUGAAGAUGAUCUGACCAGGCAGCUGAACUAUGCUCAACAGACUCUGUCAGAGAAAACAAAAGAGUUGGACAAAAUGCGCUCCGAGUGGACGAGUCAGAGCAGCUGUCUGUCCAGCCGUCAUUCUCUGGAGUUACAGUCGGAGAGAGAGAAGGCUGCAGAGGAAUCAAUGGAAGAAAAUGCUGAAAGUAAAGAACUUCACAAUAGGAAACUCGAGGCCACAGUGAAAUCUCUUUCUGAGGAGCUGAUAAAAGCUAAUGGUAUCAUUAAGAAGCUGCAGGGCGAGGUUCGAGGCCUGGUUGGAAAAAUUAAAUUAAAAAACACUGUGACCGUGUCACAGGAGAAGGUCCUCCAGGACACAUCAGAAAAACUCCAGAGUGUUGAAAAGGGUCUGCAGAGCACUCAGCAGCAGCUCAGCAGCAAGGAGGAGCAGGUUUCAAAACUGAAGGAGCAGCUGGAGACGACGGUACAGAAGCUCAAUGAAAGCAGAGAGGUGUUGAAAACCAAUGAGAAUGUUAUAAACUGGCUCAACAAGCAGCUAAAUGAAAAGCAGCUCUCCAGAAAGCCCCAGUCUCCUGAGUGUAUGAACACCCCUUCACUUCUAUCCACAGCACCAGCCCAGAGGGUAGGAGAUGCUUGGAAGUGUCGGGUAGCUAAGAUCCGGGUGGAACCCAACGGAGUGCGUCGCGCCGAGACCCGCACCGAGCAGCGGUAA